AUGGCGGACGGACUUCUCGGAGAGGUUUCCCAAUUACUUGCUGCUCGUCUCACCAUCCGAGCUGCUGAUGAGGCUCACUUUGGUGGAAAGCAAGUGUAUGGAGAUGUUCCAUUGUCUGUUGGUGGUGAUCAUCAUCACGCUUCCACUUCUCAUCACGAUCAUGGAAAGAAGGGCAAAGACAGAAAACAUCACGAUUCUCAUGGGCAUGACCACAAAAACCCCGUACAUGGCGCUAUUGCAUCGGCUCGUUCGAUCAUCGACGCGGCCUUAGGUGGUUCAGCCCCACCACCAUCUGGGGAUGUGAGCCGUGUAUUUGACGAGUUGGCUUCUUUGCGCAACGAGAACGUCGAAAUCAAAAAAGAAAUUGCAACUCUCAAAGAGCUUAUCAGCAAACUUCAGGGAGUUUCGGUUAGUUCGGCUCCAGCCCAAACUGCCGCCAAAGCACCGGGUCCUUCAAAAGAAGCCGCUGGUGAUGAUGACGAUUUCGAUCUUUUCGGAUCAGGAGAUGAAGAAGAAGAUGAGGAAAAGAAGAGAGUUGUUGAGGAGAGACUCAAGGCUUAUAAUGAAAAGAAGUCAAAGAAGCCCGGUCCAAUUGCUAAAUCAUCGAUUAUUCUUGACGUGAAACCGUGGGAUGAUGAGACCGAUCUUGGAGAGAUGGAGAAACUUGUUCGCUCUGUUGAGAAAGACGGACUUGUGUGGGGUGGUGGCAAAUUGAUUGCUAUCGGCUAUGGAAUCCAGAAGCUUCAAAUUAUUUGCGUUGUUGAGGACGCCAAGGUUUCCGUUGAUGAUGUUGUUGAGGAGAUCCAAGCCUUUGAGGAUUACGUCCAAUCGGUUGAUAUUGUUGCCUUCAAUAAAAUC